AUGAAUUGGCGAAAUUUCUUAAAAAAAACAAAAAACAUGGGCAACAAGUCAAAUUGCCUAGGAAAACGAAAUGCAAAGAAAGAGUUUGGCAUCCCAAAGCUACAAAAACCACCGGAAAAUAAGAAUCCAGAUGUUGACAGAUUGCCCAGUGUUACAUCACCGAUCUUUAAAGAUCUUAUGAUAAGUUACAGCCAUGGUAAUAAAGAUUUUAUGCUGAAGUUGAAAGAAAAUCUUGAAAAAGACAAUAUCAGCGUUUGGGUCGAUACUACAAAUCUUGGUGCUGGAGUUGACUUCUUGAAGAAAAUUGGUCAGGCCAUUAUUGAAUGUCAGCUGUUCAUUUCUAUUGUUAGUGAAACAUCAAUCAAGUCUAAGUAUUGCCAAGAUGAACUUGCUUUAGCUUACAUUUCGGAAAAGAGUAUCUUCCCUAUUAACAUCGCCUCUGAGGAUAAACUGUUGCCUGAAAUGGACCAUGGCAUGCGACUUCAGCUUGCAAGAUUCCAGUGGUACCCAUUCCUUGAUGAAAAUAAAUUUGAAGAGAAUAUGGCUGCUUUAAUUAAAGACUUGAAGACUGAACUCAAUGGAAUUAGAUCAAAUACAUCCCACUUUGCAUCCACAAAGAAACACCGGUCAACAAAGAUUUACAACCGGAUUAACACAGAAAAUCCAAUUGAUUAUUGGGAGAGAAAUUAUUCUGAAAAUCAAGUUGACUGGAAUGUGUUUUGGUAUGACUUGGUAAAUGAAUUCAAAACUUUGUUCAGCAUCUACAAUGCUGAUGACCAAGGCUGGCUAAAAUCUCUUCUAUGCUGGGAAAUGGGUAUUACUCGAUCUGGAAUCUUAACAAAACAAAAGUAUAUUGAAUUUUGUACAGUGGAUGGCAUACUUUGCCCAUUAUGGCAGAAAAUUGAAGACCAAGCAAGAGAGAGUUAUGCCAUGAAAGAAGUUUUUAAUAUGGAUUCUCAUGUUCGUGUGGAAGCCAUUGAAAACCUAAGUAAAUUCAAAAGUUCAGCAGUUAUUGAUGCCUUGAUAUACCUCGCAGUCCAUGACCCAGAGCCAAAUGUGCGAUCGGUGGCUACAAUUUCCUUAGCACAAACAGAAAUAACAGAGAAAGAAAAAAUUGAAGAAUUAACUAAAGUUCUGAAAGAUGAUGAUCGUCUAGUCAGAGAGGCAGGAUGUUUGACGCUUGGGCAUUUACAAGUGAAAGAUGCCAUUGACCAAUUGUUACAUUUAUGGAGAAAUGACGUAAUUGUUGAUGUUCGUAAUGCUGCUGAAGCUGCUCUGAAACAAAUUGGAGGAGAUGAAAUCAAGCGAGCAAUGCGCAUAACACAAGUUCUUGCCAAGGAGAUUCGCAUGUUGAACAACAGCAAUUAA